AUGCCUGCUCUAGCAACCACCAGUGGUACUCCCCGAGUACAUGUUAACGACAGCGGUGGACGCAUGGAUCUGCCAGCGCCAUUGUGCAAGGAAGUCAGACUAGUGCGACACCGGCGAGGGCAGGGUUUCCUUGCUUGGACGGGAUCAUUUGCCGAUCCGCCAGAGGGUGAGGUAGCUCAUCUUAUUGCCGGGUGCAUUACGCCGCGUCCUGCACUCGGAGUUGCUUCGUGCGAAAGUGCCACCUACAAGCCCAGCAGAUCUUUCCAGGUGCGAAUGGUGGAUCAUGAGGUCUCAGUGGCCAUCUACGAUUUGCCCUCGGCCGAGACGGUCAACUCCGUGCUGAGACCUUUGCAGACCGGUUUCUACCACGUCGGGGUGCAGGUGCAAGGAUUUGAGUACAGCUUCGACGCAACGCCGGAUCCAUCCGGGAGUGGCGUGUGGUGCUGUAGGUCUGGCAUGGUACCCUGCGCGUUGCGUGGACUCCGGACUUUCCACGUGAAGCUGCCGGAGGGAGAG